CCCCCAAAUCUGCAACGCUUGGCGCUCGCUUGGCUCCGCCUCUGCCCCCCCUGCCCCGAUCGCCGCGCCCCCCUCGCCGCCGGGGAGCCGCUGCGGCCGCACGCCAUCGAUUCCUGCUCCCUCCUUCGUGAUUCCCCUCUCCCGCACCCCGCCGGUCUCGGUGUCCUCCUCCUUGGGGGGGGGGGGUCCCUCUUCCCGCGGAAUUUGGCAUGUGACGCGGGGCGAGGGGGAGGAGGCGCCGCCGGCGGAGGAGGAUGCGGCGGCGGCGCGGGACGGAUUGAUUUGUCCAGGUUUUUUUCUCGCGAUUUUUUUGAGGGAACCGCUCCUCCAGGAAUUCGGUUGUUCCAGGUUGCUUUUCCAAAAUGGUUUGCAUGCCAGGACAUUUUAAAAUGGCUUCUGUGCUGAAGCUUGUAAUGAUGGAAAAUCACACAGCACCAGAUGACGUGAUCGAUGAGGUGACUGCUGCACAGGUCCUACAAAAGCAACUUUUUGAUGCACACGAACCAAAUUUACUGGAUGAAAAUGAUAUGCAUAUAUUUGGAUCAAAACCUAUGGCCGAUCCAUUGGACCUGGUCUGCUGUAGUACUUGCAAGAAGCCAGUCAAGGCUAGCCAAUAUGCAGUUCAUGCAGAGCAAUGUAGUUCAAGCAAAGUAAACACAAAUGAUUCAAUGGGUGUAGUAGAUCAUGCCAGUCCUAUGAAGCCCCCAAAGAAGGGCAGAAAAAUAAAGUUGACAAGUAAUGGAAAUCAGAAAGUACACAUAAAGGUGAAAGCAAAGUCUCAACAUGAAAGCAAGAAGAGUGCCAAUAAUUUCGAGUUGGACAAUGGGCAUGUCAGAGUACAACCUAUAGAUUCCACAGGGUUGAAAACAUCUGUUGAUAAUGCAGCUACUACCAAUGUGCCUGAAAGUCGCCUUAGAGAUGCGCCGGUUCCUCUUGCAACAAAAAUAUAUCAUUCACAGGGCAACUACCGCCUUCGAUUAGAGCUUGGCCAGCUUUACCGUGAAACAUGUGCGGAGCAUCUGGGCAGCUUCACAACUCCAAACUUGUCACAGGAGAAUGAAAUGAUGGUGUCACGGUUUUCGCCAUGCAACAUGUCAGCUCAGAAGAACCUUGUUCCUCAAACAAAGUAUCAGGAUCAGCUUCUUGCAAGCACAUCUCAAUCGUGCUCAGGAAUCCCUCAGCAAUUAUCAGCAAGCGGGCCUAACCAUUCACAAGAAACCAAAACUGAGAUAGCAUCUACAGUUAAAAAUGAAGUUUCACGAUCCAGAUGUGAUUUGAAAAACAAAGGCAACAAGAAGACGCAGCAGCAACCUAAUGGACGUGAUCAUGUGAUCAAGUCCUCAGUAGAGUAGCUAUUUGAUAGUGGUAGUGUCUCCACCGGUGGACAGCCUCCUUUUGUUCUUUUCAAAUGAAAAUUGGUUCUUGUCAGGAUGAUUUUGGACUAGGAGGUCCAAAUUCAAGAUCAUUUUGGUAAGUCAAGACUCUGGAAUUGAAGCCAAAGACAAUAUUAAGCUCUAACUUUGUUUCAUCAGUUUCUCGCAGGUUCAUUGACUCUUGGUACAAGCUAACAACUCUAAUAUUAGCACUGAUGAUGGAAUUACCUGUAAAUACGGCCGGGAAGGCCUUCUCUUCCUGCCCCCUCCCCUGCUGCAGAAGGUUGUGACCUGAUGAACAUUUUCAAUAUAGCUCUUUUCUUUUCCGAAUCA